AUGGAAGCGGAAAUGGAAAUGGAAAUAGAAAUGGGAAUGGUAAUGGAAAUGGAAAUGGAAAUGGAAAAGAAUCCGGGCAUGUUAUUUCGGCGACGAGUAGCAAGAGAAUACCGGGUUCGCAACGGGAUACGCGAGGCUUGCGUUCGAGAACUUACCGGAGCUGGCCUUGGUUUCCAUAAACGUGAAGAAGCACGAUCGGUGUGGCAACGACCGGGUCAUCGGCGACAACGAUCGAGAACGCGACAAGGAACGGAUAACGCAAAGCGAUCUAACGAAACGAGAUUUUUCUGCGACACUUGUGGAAAAUCGUACAAAUGGAAGGAGUCACUGUUUAAACACAAGCGCGUCGAGUGCGGGAAAUUGCCACAGUUUACUUGCGAGGUUUGCGGAUACCGAUUUAUGCACAAGCAUCAUUUGGUUAAACAUUUGGCCUCUAUCCAUCGAAUGACUCCUUUGAACGGGACCGCCAUGCUAGUCUUCCAAUAACGGAGUUCGAU